UUUGUAGUGUUUUUAAGUUGCCUCGCACUUUUGGUACAAUACUGCAAUUUUCGUCCUGCCUCGCAUGAAAUGCAGUUGACGUGGUCACGAGGGUAGAUGGCUUGCAUGAAACGCAUGCCUCGCUGACUCGCAGUUUGUCAACCGAUCAGAUCACAGAAGAAAUUUUAUUUUCCGAAAAUUUAGGAUACUCUCUCCAAAGUAAUAUAAAUAUGAGUAUACUAAAUGACUCUGCGUACUACCUCGAGGCUUAUGAAGAGUUUUCAUCACGUUAUGAUAAAUGCAGUACAAUUGGAGAUUUGACUGAGUUGGUGUUUGUAAAAUCUGUUGUGGAAAAAAUAAAGACAAAAGACACUAAAAUUCGAAUGUUGGGGAUUGGUAGCUCUUCGGGUCGAAUCGAGAUUAUGUUUAUUAAGCGAUUAUUAAAUCGUUUUCCAAUCAUUGAGAACACGGUUGUUGAACCAAGUGCAAAAGCGACUGCCGAAUAUCAAAGCUCAAUAAAAGGCAUGUGGAAGAACGUUGAGUUUUCUUGGUUCAACGGUACAUUUCAGAAGUUUAGAGAACAACUUGAGUCAGCUGGAAAUAAUCAGACAUUUCAUCAUAUCAGUUUAGUGGAUUCAAUAUAUUAUGUGGACAAGCUAAAAGAAGACAUUGUAUUCAUGUACGAUAGAUUAGAGCAAGGGGGAAUAAUGCUUAUUUCGGUUGAAUCUGAUCAAGGUUCAAUGUAUAAAAUUAAGCAAAGGUAUCCAAAUUUGUCAUCGGAAAUCAACCUGGUUAGUUCCACCGAAGUCAUUGAUGUUUGCAAGGCUCACCAAAUCCCAUUUCAUCUCCACCGAGAAGAGGGUUAUGUUGACAUAACAGAACUGUUUUCUUCCAAGAGCAUCACACGAAAUGAACAGCUGCUGCUAGAUUUUUGGGUUCAAAUGAAAAAUUUCAAGGAAAAUGUGCCGGAAAGUUUGUAUGAAGAAGUAAUUGCGUUCAUCAAAUGCCCAGCUUGUUCAGAGAAACUUGAAGGCAAAUUAAGGUUUCGGGCUGAUACUGACAUGAUAUUUAUCCAAAAAUAGUAUAAAUAAGUAUAUGUAUUGAGGUUUUGUGUAUAGUGCAUUAAACUAUUAAAUGUGAAUAAAUAACGUAUGGUAUAUGUGGUACAGUAUAUAAAUCUUCGCAUGAUAACAUCCGACAUCAUAAUUCUCAAAAUGUUCGUAAUGUAUUUAUCUAUAUAUUCAAUUUUUAUAUUGUUUUUAUACUAUAUGUAAUGCUUUAUUAUGAUUUAUCCUUUUUAAAAACUGUAAUAAUAAUAUAGGUAAUAAUGAAGACAGUACAAUAUAAAAUUGUUAAAUUAACGAGAUAAUCCCUGCCAUACAUAAAAUGCUUCUUAUGGAUUCGCCAAAGGUUGCGAAUAUGCAAAAAGCAUGACUUACAAACGGAGAAAACAAAAGACAAAA